GAGAAAUUAUUGUAGAGUCUAAAAAUAUCUUUCUCCCUUCUCUAUGGACUUAACAUAAAAUUAGUUUUGUAUGUAUUUGGAUUCAUUUUCUAAAUAUCAACACCAUAAAGCCUUAUCAGUUACCAAACAUUCAGGUAGUUAAACCAUGAGUUGUGGAAAGGAGUUUGUGGAAACGUUAAAAAAAAUUGAUUAUCCCAAAGCUGAUAUUCUUAAUGGGGAAGAUUUUGACUGGUUGUUUGAGACUGUUGAAAAUGAAUCAUUUUUGAAGUGGUUUUGUGGGAAUGUGAGUGAACGGAAUGUAUUAUCUGAAGAGGAAUUGGAAGCUUUUAGCAUUCUUCAGAAAUCAGGCAAGCCCAUCCUAGAAGGAGCAGCGUUGGAUGAAGUUCUUAAUACCUGUAAAGCUUCUGAUUUGAAGACACCUACCCUGAAUGACAAAGAGCUGGAGAAAUUAGAGGAUGAGGUUCAAACUCUGCAGAAAUUAAAGAACCUGAAAAUUCAGCGACGUAAUAAAUGCCAGUUGAUGGCUUCAGUAACUAGCCACAAAUCUCUGAGGUUAAAUGCUAAAGAAGGAGCAGCCAGUAAAAAGCUGAAGCAGAGUCAGCGAAUUCUAAAUGCUGCCAAUACUAAGAUCAGUAAUGAGCUUCACGCCCUUACUGAUGGAGUCGCAGAAUUACUGGUGUUCUUCAGACGUUCGAAUUUGAGUCAAGGAACAAAUCCACUGGUGUUUCUCUCCCAAUUUUCAUUGGAAAAAUAUCUAAGCCAAGAAGAGCAGAGCACAGCAGCCUUAACCUUAUUUACCAAACAGCAGUUCUUUCAAGGUGUACAUGAAGUAGUUGAAAGUUCAAACGAAGAAAAUUUUCAGCUGUUAGAUAUGCAAGCGUCCUGUGUGUGCGGUAAUCAAGCAGUUCUCGAGGAGAGACGGCUAGAGAUGGCUAGGCUGCAGCUGGCAUAUAUUUGUGCUCAACAUCAGUUAAUUCACUUGAAAGCAAGAAAUUUGAGCCUGAAGUCAAGUAUAAAAUGGGCAGAGGAGAAUCUUCAUAGCCUCACUAGCAAGGCUCUUGGCAAAGAUAUUUUGGAUGCUAAAAUUUCUGGCUUGAACAGUGAGAUUCUGAAACUUGAAGAACAAAUCACUCAUAUAAAAGACAAAAUUUUGCCUGCUGUGGUAAGAGAGAAUGCCCAGUUACUGAAUAUGCCAGUCGUAAAGGGAGAUUUCGAUCUGCAGAUUGCUAAACAAGACUAUUACACAGCAAGACAAGAGUUAGUUUUAAAUCAGUUGAUAAAGCAAAAGGCAUCAUUUGAACUUGUACAAUUAUCAUAUGAAAUUGAAUUGAGAAGGCAUUUGGACAUAUAUCGUCAGCUUGAAAACUUGGUUCAAGAACUUAGUCAAAGUAAUUUGAUGCUCCACCACCAAUUAGAAGUGCUGACAGACCCAUCUGUAUCUCAGCAGAUAAAUCCAAGGAAUGCCAUUGAUACCAAGGAUUAUUCUACUCAUAGGCUUUAUCAACUUUUAGAAGGAGAGAAUAAGAAAAAAGAAUUGUUUAUAACCCAUGGAAACCUGGAAGAAGUGGCUGAGAAAUUAAAACAGGACGUUUCUUUGGUACAAGAGCAGUUAGCAGUAUCUGCUCAAGAGCAUUCUUUCUUUCUGUCCAAACUAAAUAAUGAUGUGGACAUGCUUCGUGAUGCUUUGUAUCAAGGAGGAAAUCAGCUUUUGCUUAGUGAUCAGGAGUUAAUGGAGCAGUUUCAUCAAGUUGAAUCUCAGCUAAAUAAGCUAAAUCAUCUUCUUAGUGAUAUUCUUGCUGAUGUGAAGACAAAAAGAAAAAUUUUGGCAUCUAAUAAACUGCAUCAAAUGGAAAGAGAAUUAUAUGUAUACUUUUUAAAAGAUGAAGAUUAUCUGAAAGAUAUUGUGGAGAAUUUAGAAAACCGGUCAAAGAUUAAGGCUGUUGGUCUUGAAGAUUGAAAAUGAAAUCUUUACUGCACGUGCUGUGUUUUAAUAUUUUAUAUAUUAGGAGGAGAAUAUAGCUAAUAAACACUGAAAAUUUU